GAGAUAAAAUGGAAAGGGACGUUUCCGCGUGGGGACAAAAAUGUAAUCCUCUUACAUAAAGAAAAAAGAAGAGCAAUGUUUGGUUGAUGACCAACAGCAAUGGAUAUACUUUUGCCUUCACUUUCUCAUUCUUUUCCUAAAUUAGCAGGUAAAUGGCAAAAUUGCAGAAAAUUUCUGGGGAUUAAUAGGGUUGCUAGAAUGUGCGCAUUUACACCUUCAAAUUCGAAGAAGAAAACAGUAUGGAUAUGGACGGAGAACAAGCAAGUAAUGACAGCUGCUGUGGAGAGAGGCUGGAAUACUUUCAUCUUCCCUUCCAAUCGCCAAGAUCUUGCCCUUGAAUGGUCUUCAAUUGCAGUGAUACAUCCUGUCUUUAUUAAAGAGGGGAGACUAAUUGAUCAUGAGCAUAAGAGCGUCGCUGCAUUUGCUGAGAUUUCUUCCCCUCAACAGUUAGAACAGUUUCAGAUAUCGGAGGAACAGGCAGAUAAAGUAGUUGUUAAUCUACUAGAUUGGCAGGUGAUACCUGCUGAAAACAUUGUUGCGGCUUUUCAAGGCACUCAGACAACUGUACUUGCUGUCUCAAAGAACCAAUCAGAAGCUCAAGUCUUUCUUGAGGCCUUGGAACACGGUUUGGGUGGUGUAGUAAUGAAAGUUGAGGACGUUGGCUCAAUCCUUGAGCUGAAGGGUUAUUUUGAUAGAAGACGUGAAGUGGACAGUCUGUUGAACUUGACGAAAGCCAUAAUAACUCAUAUUCAAGUGACUGGAAUGGGUGACCGUGUCUGUGUAGAUAUCUGCAGCCUCAUGAGACCUGGUGAAGGUCUUCUGGUUGGAUCCUUUGCAAGAGGGCUUUUCCUUGUUCACUCAGAGUGCUUGGAGUCAAAUUACAUCUCUAGCAGGCCUUUUCGAGUUAAUGCGCAGGGGCCUGUCCAUGCAUAUGUUGCUGUUCCUGGAGGAAAGACUAGCUAUCUCUCGGAACUCAAGUCUGGGAAAGAGGUCAUUGUGGUUGAUCAAAGAGGUAUGCAGCGAACAGCAAUUGUUGGUCGUGUAAAGGUAGAGACUAGACCACUGAUCCUUGUGGAGGCAAAGGUAGAAUCAGAAAAUGAAAGCUAUUCCAUUCUCUUGCAGAAUGCUGAAACAGUUGGAUUAGUCUCUCCCAUUCAUGGAAAAAUCAGUGGUAUAAAAUCUUGGUUAAGGAAAAAAGAGUGUAGUGCGCGUUUACCCCCCACCCCUGAUAUCUCGAAGAUGACGCAUUUCGAUCUUGCUUCUCAACUUCUCAAAGAUUGAUGUUGGCAAUGCCUUGGUGAACAUAUCUGCUAAAUUAUUACUGGAGGGAACCUGCUUAACAUUUAUUUCAUCCUUCGUCUUAAGAUCGCGAGUGAAAAAGAAUUUUUGUGAUAUAUACAACAUUGUUUAUAUAUGUUGUUGGAAUCUCUUUCCUCGAAGGAAGACCACAUGUUUCCUAUAUGUGUUGAGUUAUAGAUCCAACCAAACACAUUCUCGAUUAACUUCAUAAAUGACUAUUAUUUCUGUAUGAUUUGAAAAAGUAGCAAUCAUA